AGCCUGUGCAAGGUCUAUUGUUUUUGAUAGGCCCCCUACCGAGGCGUCUCUACUGAGGGUCCCUCAUUUCGCACGGAAAGAAACGAUGAACUCGCUCCAUGCGCUCGUCUAUGACGUCGAGCCACUGGCCGGCGCCUACGCGACGACGAUGGACGAAGAUGCGAUGCUGGACGACAUCAUGGCCUUGACGGACAAGGCCUCGCCAGCCUCGGACGAAGCCAGCAGCGACCACUCGGCGGAAGCAGAGGUGGCGCCGGCGAAGCGCAAGCGUGUGCGCAAGCGCCAAACCGAAGAGCUCAAGUACCUGCGGGAGAAAAUGGACGAGUAUUCGUCGCAAUUGACCGCGCUGCGGCAGCUCAAAGCCGUCGAGUCUCAGAACUCGUCGCCAUGGGAGGGUAUCUCGCGUCGCCAGGCGCAGGCGCGGUCGCUCGCCGAGGCCGAGAACGCCAAGCUCAAGCUUGCGGUCGAAGAGCAGCUCAAGGUCACGGAGGCCUUGAUGCGCAUCGUCACCAAGCGCCCAAAGCUCGCCGAGGCCGCGUGCAUUGACGACUGGAAGGUGCAAAAGCUGUCGUCCAGCCCGCUGCGUCGACGCGAUGCGAUGCGGGCGCUUGUCGACGCCAAGCUCGAGGCCAUGGAAGGCGUCUUCGUGCGCAAGCAGAUCCAAGACGCGUCCAGCGCGCCCAUGACCUCGGACGUUGUCUACGAUGCGGCGACGGACUCGGUUCGGCUCGAAUGCUCGACCGUGCACGAGCUCGCGGUCGACUACCCCACGGCCGUCGAGACGAUGUGGGAAAUGCACAACGUCACAGGCACGCGAACGCUCACGGCAUCUCAGUACCGGUGCUUGGAGAAGGUCGAUGCAACGACGGUCUACUAUCGCCGCAGCUUCACCUUGGGCGCAGCGCCUGUCGAGGGCAACGUUGUUUUUGCCCGGUUCAACGAACACAACCGGACGGUCUUUGUGUCCGAGACCGUCCUCGACGACGAAGCGCAUCCGUACUCGCCCAAUGUCUUUGUCUCGAACGAGACGACGUGGCUAAUCUUUGAAAAGACCGACGUUGGGGCGCGUGUUCGCUUUUGUGCGAGCGCUAUCAUGCCGUGCAAGGCAUCGCGCGACGCGCCGUCGUCGACGUCGCAGCACUACGUGGCAUUUGCCGAGCUCAUGCUCGACUCGUUCAAGAAAAAUUUGCACGACAUGCAAACGUAUGUGCACGGGCAGGUCGAAGCGCGAUUGGGGCCGCUCGCGCCAAAGUACUGCCCCGUAAACGCAAUCGCAACCAAGCUCAAGUCAGUGUGGCGCUCGUAGUUGCGCGUCUUUCUUUUAUAAAUGGGUUUCUAUAUACAAAGACGGGUAUGUCCCCUGGUACUAGGUCAUCACACCACCAACACCGACGGGCAAGAGCCAUUCUCCAAACUACA